UCGGAGGCAAUGGGAGGUGCUGGGUGAAAUCUCCGCCUGCCCCGCUCCCGCUCGGCCGAGCUCCGCUGGCUUGCUCGGCGCAGGCCCGCCCGUGGCCGCCCCUCGCACGGCACUCCCAGCUGCAGCGCGCUCCGCCAUGGCCUUCGCCACUCGCCCCUUCGUGCGCUUUGCGUCCGCCGCUGCCGCCAAGAAGAUGGUGAUAAAGCAUGUGACCGUGAUCGGGGGCGGCCUCAUGGGCGCCGGGAUCGCCCAGGUUGCUGCAGCAACCGGCCACAGUGUGAUCUUGGUGGACCAGACAGAUGAAAUAUUAAAUAAAUCCAAGAAAGGAAUUGAGGAUAGCCUGACAAGAUUGGCAAAGAAAAAGUUUGCGGACAAACCUGAGGCUGGAACGGAGUUCAUUGAGAAGACUUUAAAGAAUUUGACCACAAGCACAGAUCCAGUCUCUGUAGUGCAUAGUACUGACCUUGUAGUGGAGGCCAUCGUGGAAAACCUAGCAACAAAAAGUGAACUCUUCAAGACGCUAGAUAAGUUUGCACCAGAGCAUACAAUAUUUGCCAGCAACACUUCAUCCUUGUCAAUCAUAGAAAUUGCCAAUGCUACCACCAGGCAGGACCGGUUCGGUGGCCUGCAUUUCUUUAAUCCAGUGCCAAUGAUGAAACUGGUGGAGGUUGUCAAGGCACCAAUGACCAGCCAGAAGACUUUUGAGUCACUGAUGGAUUUCAGUAAAGCAUUAGGGAAGAACCCUGUGGCAUGCAAGGACACUCCAGGAUUUAUUGUCAACAGGCUCCUUGUGCCUUACCUGAUGGAAGCAGUUCGGCUUUUUGAGAGGGGGGAUGCAUCAAAGGAAGAUAUUGAUAUCGCCAUGAAGCUUGGGGCAGGCUAUCCUAUGGGCCCAUUUGAACUCUUGGACUAUGUUGGCUUGGAUACCAGUAAAUAUAUUAUGGAUGGGUGGCAUUCAAUAGAACCAGACAACCCUCUCUUUGCUCCAAGCCCAUUGUUGAAUCAAUUGGUAGCAGAGAAGAAACUGGGGAAGAAGACUGGAGAAGGAUUUUACAAACACAAGUGAACUUUGCAGUGUACUGUGUUUUUCCUGCCUGAAGAAAAGGAAAGCCCUCAUGCCCCUUGAUGUUUUCUUACUUUACAUGAAGUGCUGCUUAAUCAGGGCUUUAAACAGCUGUGCAUUUCGAUUGCACAGUCUCUAAGAUAAUCAGUUUUGUGUAGCCAAUGAUUUGUUUCCUUGAGAUCUGCAAUUUUGAGGUUUACAUUCUUAAGUGCCUUUCUUCAGGUUCAUGAAGCUAUGUCAAGGAUCACAUGGGUCUGAGUUCAUGGGUUUGUAAAAACCUGUUAAAGUGUCAGACAUUUUAAUCCAAAUAAAAUAAUCCCAAUAGUGUCUGACGGUAGUACGCCUUGCUUUAAUUUACUUGAUUUUUGUCCACUAGGUGGCAGUAUGACAGCAUGGCUUUUAAUCUGUCACUAGUUUGCCUGUCAUCCUGUGGCAUUUUAUUCAGUGCCAAUUUGCUUGCAUUGGUGUAAAGUCCUAUAUUCUGUUAUCUUAGGUAUUCAGCGCUUAGCUUGCAUGCCUGUUACCUAUACUAUAUAAAAUGGAAGUGGCAUAGAUAUAAAACAAUUAUGUGAGGACUGAAGGUAGACCUUUAGUCCUUUUGAUUUUUGGUGCUUUUUUUUAGAAAGACGCCUUUGUUAAGGAAGCAGAGGUUUGAAGAGUUCCUUGCAGACCUGGCUUAUUCAUUUUCGUUUUCAUUCACUGAAAAAGAUCUAACUACUUAUGUUUACAACUCUCGUAAAACUAUAUGCACAAGGCUAUUAUUUCAUCAAAGUGUUUAGGCUUUGUUCACAAGAGAAAUAAAAUAAUGCAAAUAUGCUUUCUUUUACUAA